AUGGAUGAUGAACAAAAAGAACCACGUGAUGCGGAAGAAGUGGAUGAUAUGGAAGAAGGGAAUGGAAUAGAAAAGAAGAUUGAAAAGAAGGAGAAACAACAUGUGACCUUGCAAAGAAGAUGGACCAUAGCACAGAUGAAGACAACGAUAAGGAUUAAGAAGAGUAGCAUUUUGAAAAUGACUGCAAUGAUGGCUGAUGGACAAAUUACAAAGGUUGAUUCUAUAAAAGUGCAGAUUCUUACAAUGGAUGAGCUUACCGGUGCUGUUAUUGUGUCUAAUAUGAUAAAGAGAUCAUGGAAUUUGCUUUGUGAACCCGACAUUAAUCUCGCCACAAGACAUUGGGUAUUGGGUGUACUGGACAUGAAAUCGGAUAAUUGCUUUUAUCUUGGUUCCUUAAGUUCUAGCAAUUUCAAUAUGCAGUUGAAGCAAAUUGUUGAUUCGGCAAUGGUUAUGUAUGCUACACAAAGUGGAUCCAACAAAAGGGUUAAACUAAAUUGGGUUAAUGUUACGUGUCUAGUUCAUCCUGGAGCUACCGAAUGUGGCUACUACAUGCUAAGGUUCAUGAAUGAGAUAGUGGAAGAAGGAAUUGAAGUGUUGGUCAAAGACAAUAUCAGGGAUGGCAAAGUUGAGUAUACAACUGAUGAUAUCGACGAGAUACAUGAAGAAUGGUCGGAGUUUGUUACAGGCUUCAUUUAUCGAUGA